AGUCGAUCUUUGAAGCUAGGGCAGGACGGGUUGGGAAAGCGAGCGGUGCUCAAAGAAGGGAAGGAGAACGAUGUGAGGUCGGGUCGGGGGAACACAUUAAGUCUAGGAACACUGACUUCCGGCCCCGGAAGAAGGAUGAUAUGGGAGAGUUAAGGGUCAUGAUCGCACUCCAGACCCGGCUGGCGGAAAGGGCUUUGUGUUCCCUUAUCCCCACCGAGUCUCACAGCUAAUGCCCCUCCCUCCUCCCUAGAAGUGGCUUUAGUUUUUUGGAGGAUCACAUUUGUGGCUGAGAAGGUUCGCAGAAGUCUUCUAACUCAACGUCCUUGUUUUACAGGUGAGGAAACCGAGGCCCUUGGGAUUGACCUGUUCGGGGUCUCAGAGACAGUAACCAGGAAUAGACAGUAUCGUGAUUCGAACCCAAAUCUUCAAAUCUGAAGCAUCUUCAAUUAACCCACGUUUUUAUUAAUGGAGUUUUAAAUCACUUGCCCUCGGGCUCGCACGUAGACUCUUAAAUAAGAGCUUGGAAGAGACCUUACGGGUCAUAAGUUCCAAACCCCUCAUUUUACAGAUGAGGACACUGAGGUUAAGUGCUUUUUGCCUGCAUCAGAGGUUGUAGCUGAAAUUUCUUUUCCCUGGUAAAUUCUGGAGAAUUUAUGAUUUGUAUCGGUUCUACCAUGGCUUUGCCUUACAAGUUACUAAAUGGCAUUUAUUUUCCUAAACUAUGCAGAAAGCAAGAUGCUGCAAGAUCCUUUUUGUUGGGGCCUCUAUUUGCUGGUCACCCCUCCAGACUAUAUAGUAGUAUUAAAAAACCAGAGACUGAUUCAGGCAGAUCUUCCCCUGAAGGAAAGACUCAAGGUGGAUUGGAAAAACAAGCUGAGAACAAUGAGCUUAGUUUAGAACUAAUUUCACCAGAGGAAAAGAUUGAAGUUAAUUUUGACAAAGCAAUUAAAGAUGAGAUAAAGUACCAUUUUAAGCUUUUAAAGAAGGAGUUAAUAGAUCAUUGGAAAGGGCCUGAAGGCCGCCCUUACCAUGAAGUUUUAUUGGAAAACGCUAGGGUAAUGUGGCAGUUUCGCAGUAAUGAAGAUUUGGAUAAGUGGCUGGUGACAUCUGACAAGAUGAUAGGAGGCAAAAGCAAGGCCUUCCUGAAAAUGGCCAACAAUAACCAAAGUGCACUCUUCUAUGGGAUUCUCAAUACUGAACUUCCUCACGAUGGGGAGACCAAACAGAGUGGAUAUUGUGCAGUGACAUCCAAGAUUCCAAGGGGUGCUUUUGAGAGGAAGAAGUAUUAUGAUUGGUCUAAUUUUAAUACUCUGUAUCUCCGUGUGCGUGGGGAUGGCCGGCCCUGGAUGGUGAAUAUCAAAACAGACACUGACCUGAUCCAUAAAAGUCAUCUGUUGCACAGUUACUUCAUGUUCACGCGUGGGGGGCCCUAUUGGCAGGAGGUCAAGAUUCCGUUCUCCAAGUUUUUUUUCUCCAAUAAGGGAAGAAUCCAGGAUAGACAGCAUCAGCUUCUGACAGACCAGAUCAGUAGUAUUGGAUUCACCCUGGCUGAUAAAGUGAAUGGUCCAUUCUACCUGGAAAUAGAUUUUAUUGGAGUGUUUCAUGACCCAGCCCAUACUGAAGAAUUUGCCUAUGAAAAGAAUAAAAGGAUUUCUCAGGUACUUUAGCCAGCACAGAGGAUCAUCAUUCGUUCAUAGUUAAGGAAUUGAUAUUGUUCUGUUACUUGACAGUGACAAAAUAAAGUUUUUAUUGCUA